AGGCAGUGAAAAUCGAGGAAAUGAGUAAAACGAAAAGCGCUACGACAAGCACACGUAAAAGUAGCCACAACUACGAUUAUCAUGAGAGCGACCAACACGACGAGCUGUCGGAUGAGCUGAGUAUCUCCAGCUCAGAGGACGAUGUUGUGGCCACAAGAAAAUCGCGCAAACUGCAGCCGACAGAUGCCGCUGAUUAUGAGGAGGGUGGUGGCAUAUACGACCGAGGUGGCCGGAGGCGACGCCGCAGCGGCAGUAAGAGACGUCGUAGUCGUGGCAGACGAUCGCGCUCACGCCGUCGUCGCCGCUAGAUGCUUCCUGUUCCUUGCAGUUUUCUUUUUUAUUUUUUGGAUAAAUUUCGUGUAAAAGAAAUUGUAACAUUAUUUAUUUUAUUUUUAUUUUUUGGUCCAACCAACUCUUGACGCGUUGACAAAUUUUGUAUACUCUUCCAUGUAAAUAAAUCGAUUUGUGUAGAAAUAAAUUGCAAGUGAUACUUUAUAAUACAUAAUGUAUGUAUGUA